CAUUGGAUACCAGUUAGUCGACAGGUGUGCGUCCUGCGGCGCGGUCAUGAGUCGUCGUCAACCGACCCAAGUGCGUGUGAGGUUUUACUUAAGUAGUAAAAUUUUAAUGAGCCGAUUAAGUGAUACAAAACACAUCAGCGAAUGAUUUUCUCAAUUGGGAUUAUAACUCGGCAGUAGUUUAACUAGAAAAUCGACAUUUAAAAUGGGUGAUUAUGAUAGAAUUCGGAGGAUGUGUCAAAAACGUGGUGAACUUUGGGAAGAUCCUGACUUUCCUGCUACCCAAUCAUCAGUGUUCUACCAUCAAAAACCACCAUUUCAAUUUGUUUGGAAGAGACCUAAAGAAAUUUGCAACAAGCCCGUUUUUGUGAGUGAUUCAACGGCUCAAUUCGACAUAACUCCUGGUAAAAUGGGGGACAAGUGGCUUGUGUCUUGUCUAGGAGUUUUAUACCUCUGUAAAGGACUUUUCUACCGAGUAGUACCUGCUGAUCAAACAUUGUCCACCGAUAAAGAAUAUUGUGGUGUAUUCCGGUUUCGACUAUGGUGGUGUGGUGAAUGGAUGGAAGUACUGGUCGACGACCGACUACCGACCGUUAACAACCGAUUGGCUUUUUUGCAGUCUUCACAUACUGAUCAAUUUUGGCCAGGGCUUUUAGAAAAAGCAUAUGCAAAAUUACAUGGGUCUUACGAAGCUCUUAAGUAUGGAACAUUGUUGGAUGGUCUGGCUGAUCUAACGGGUGGUAUCACUGAGAGCAUUAAUAUUCGUCAAGACCAGACAGCGUGCGGCCGAAUGAUUGGCAAAAUGUUAGAAAUGACUUCAAUUGUCACCUGUACCGUACAACCGGCGACUCCUCAGACGAGCAAAAGUAUACCAGAAAAACUAUCAAAUGGAAUUCAAGUAGGAACGAAUUAUAGACUUUGUGCUGUAGAAAGGUUGGAAACUUACAAAAGUGAUCCAUUACAACUAUUUAAACUGCGUCAGCCCGGCGGAACUGGGUCAGAAUACAUCGGACCAUGGUCGAGGGAUUCUGAAGAUUGGGAUGAUGUUCCACACAAAGAGAAAGAGAAAAUAAAUGCAUUACAUUUAAUAGAUGGAGAAUUUUGGAUGAAUUAUAACGAAUUUGUGAAAACUUUUACCCACUUGGAAAUGGUACACUUAGACAGUGAUACGAGUCGAGACGAACCUUCGCUGCAUCACAAAAGAACUUGGCAAAUGCGACUCCAUCAAGGGACAUGGCAAAAGGGAGUUACCGCAGGAGGAUGUAGAAACAAUCCAGAAACAUUUCAUAUAAACCCUCAGUUACAUUUGAUUCUGAGUGAAAUGGAAGAAGUCGUUAUCUCACUAAACCAGCAUAGUAUUAUGGAACCUAAAGUUAUUGGUUUCACGUCGUAUUCGUUACCAAAAUCUUGUAUGGAUUCUACGGGCAAAGAAUUUUUCAAAAAAAAUAAAUCUUUAAUUAAUUCACAAUAUACCAAUAGUCGACAAGUUAGUUAUAGAUGCUUUUUGGAUCAAGGAGGAUAUUUGAUAAUUCCUACCACGUUUGAGCCUAGCCAAGAGUCAGGGUUUACUUUGAGAGUCUACUCUAGUAAACCGCUAAAACUAAAACUACUGGACACGAUUCCUUCCCUAUUGAAAUCAGCAAUAAUGAAGGCUCCCGUGAACUUGGAUGGUAAAACAUUCGUUCAAUAUGAAUCAGUGUUCCUACAAUUGGCUGAUGAGCAUAGAACAGUGAAUGCGUUUGAGCUUCAAGAGUUAUUAGACGCAUGUCUACCAAAUGAUUACAUCAAAAGUUGCGCUAGUAUGGAGGUUUGUCGUCAAGUAGUAAUUACUCUAGAUAGUACGGGCAGCGGAAGGCUGAAAUUCAACGAUUUUAAAGACUUGAUGUGUAGCCUCAAGUACUGGCAAACGGUUUUUAAAAAUCAUUCGAAAGACAAGACUGGUAUCUUGAAAGCCGAGAGGUUAAAAGAUGCACUCCUCGAAGUUGGCUUCCAAAUCAACUCGGAAGUUCUGUCUGUUUUGAUCCUAAGAUACAUGCGUAAAGACGGAACUCUUAGGUUUGGAGAUUUCGUGUCUGCCAUAUUACAUCUUAGCAUCGCAUUCAGUUUAUUCGAAUCGAAAGAUCCAUUGCUCAACGGAAAUAUUAAGCUGAGUUUAGGAGAAUGGCUAAAGUCUGCAUUUAUUUGUUAAUUUGCUGAAUAUAGCCAGUGCUCUGAGCAGUUUUAUAUUGUGAUUACUUAAAUGUACCUUCCUCGACUGUAAAAUUCUUAUUAGUGUUUUAAAUUCGUUUGUUUUAUAUUUUGUAUAGUAUCUCGUUAAACAUUUUUUAAGUUGUCAGUGAAUUUUAUAAGUCAAAAAUACUUUUUUACGUAUGCAUUAUUAUAUAAUUAAGAUAUUUUUAUAAUAAUUCGAUUAAAUCAAUUUUCAUUAUGAAUUGUUGUAUACUCGAUAUCAGUUAUUUUUGUUAUGAAUAUUAAUUAUUAUAUUUUAUUA